GCUGGCCCCCGGCACCCGCAGGGUGGCACUUGGCUCGCUGCCAUCAUCAGUUGGCUCCAGGGGUAGCGCUGCUGGCCGGGCGUCCCGGAGAGGGGCUGUGGGGGAGCUCUCGCGUCCCCAGGAAUCGCCAUGGGACGCCCUGGACGCCCUCACACCACCUAGACACGUGUCCAGCCAGCAGCACCUCCCAACCCCCAGGGCAGCAGGAUGGCCCAGCAGCGCCAUGCCAUCCCCCCACCUCUCAAGACGGAGGAGGAUUACAUCCCCUACCCCAGCGUGCACGAGGUGCUGGGCCGGGAGGGGCCGUUCCCCCUCAUCCUCCUGCCGCAGUUCGGGGGUUACUGGAUUGAGGGCACCAACCACCAGCUGAGCGGGGCCCCCGACUCGCCCCCCACGCCGGUGCCCGGCACCCGGGCAAAGCUGGAGGGCAACCACACGGCCAAGAUCUACCGCAAGCACUUCCUGGGCAAGGAGCACUUCAACUACUACUCGCUGGACCCGGCGCUGGGACACCUGGUCUUCUCCCUCAAGUACGACGAGCAGGAGCAGCUCCACCUGCUGCUGCGCACCCGUGCCCGCACCCUGCACGAUGUGGUGCCCAUCUCCUGCCUGGCCGAGUUCCCCAACGUGGUGCAGAUGGCCAAGCUGGUGUGCGAGGACGUCAAUGUGGAUCGCUUCUACCCCGUGCUCUAUCCCAAGGCAUCCCGCCUCAUCCUCGCCUUUGAUGAGCACGUGCUCAGCAACCACUUCAAAUUUGGGGUCAUCUACCAAAAACUGGGGCAGACCUCCGAGGAGGAGCUCUUCGGCACCACGGAGGAGAGCCCGGCCUUCGCCGAAUUCCUCGACGUCCUGGGUCAGCGGGUGCAGCUGCGGGACUUCAAGGGGUUCCGAGGGGGGCUGGAUGUGACCCACGGGCAGACGGGCAGCGAGUCGGUCUAUUGCCACUUCCGUGACAAGGAGAUCAUGUUCCACGUCUCCACCAAACUGCCCUACACCGAGGGGGACGCCCAGCAGCUGCAGCGGAAGCGUCACAUCGGCAACGACAUCGUGGCCAUCGUCUUCCAGGACGAGAACACGCCGUUCGUCCCCGACAUGAUCGCCUCCAACUUCCUCCACGCCUUCGUGGUGGUGCAGCUGGAGCAGGGGGGCACCCAGGGCACCCUCUACAAGGUCUCUGUCACCGCCCGUGACGACGUGCCCUUCUUCGGCCCGCCGCUGCCCGACCCCGCCGUCUUCAGGAAGGGCCCCGAGUUCCAGGAGUUCCUGCUGACCAAGCUCAUCAACGCCGAGUACGCCUGCUACCGUGCCGAGAAGUUCGCCAAGCUGGAGGAGCGGACGCGGGCGGCGCUGCUGGAGACGCUGCACGAGGAGCUGCAGGCGCGCAGCCAGGCCAUGCUGGGGCUCAGCCCGGACGACGAGCGCCCCGACAACGGCGGCGCCGCCCCGGGCUUCUUCGAGUCCUUCAAGUCGCUGCUGGUGCCCGGGAGCCGCCGGGGACGCCGCGGCAGCGCCAUCGGGCUGGGCUCGGUGGAAGAGGCGCUGCUGGUGCCCGGGAAGAGCCCGUCACGGCGGCGGCCCGGCCCCCUCGGCUCCCGCCGCUCCAGCGCCAUCGGCAUCGAGAGCAUCCAGGAGGCGCCGGCCGGCAGGGACGGCCCCGCAGCCGCCGACGGCUCCAGCUCCACACACAGCUCCCCCGAGAGCCGCCGGAACCCCGACAGGUCCCGCAGCUGGCACCGGGAUCGGGGACACGGGGACAGGAGGGCACUGGGGUGGGAAUGGUUGGGGACUGGAGGACACUGGGAUGGUGUGGCAACGGGACAGGGUGGCACCAGGAUGGGGUGACUCCAGCACCAGGUCACACGGGGACUGGAGGACACUGGGAUGGUGCAGCUCAAGGAUAGGGUGGCACCAGGAUGGGGUGGCACAUGGGUGGGCACUGGGACAAGCAAAGGUGACACAGGCACCGGAGGGAUGGGACAGUGAAGGAAUGCAGUGGGACAGAGUGACGGCGGGGUGGGGUGGCACAGGGACAAGGUGACACCAGGAUGGCUGGCACAGGGACAAGGCGGGGACAAGACACCAGAGGGACAGGGUGGCACAGGGACAGGUUCACCCAGGGGCUGAGUGGCACCGGGUCUGUAUGUCCCAGGGACAAGGUGGCGGGGGGCUGUGGGGUGGCACUCGGGUGGCUUGGCUGCAGGUUGGCAUGAAGGUGGGUGGCGCAGGGACACAUGGCACGGGGGUAG